AUGGCUGGAUUUCUGACUUUGUUUCAGAGUUGGAUAUACGAGCAUUUCCCUAGCAUGGGAAGGAGGCAGUUGGUGUCUUCUUAUGAUGACACCACACCACGUGCGGCUAGGUGGCAGAGCCCUCGGCAGAGUUCGACUCUUGUAGAGAUUCGAUCACAGUUGGAUGGCCUGAGAUAUAGUGGAGUUGAGAUUCCACGACCACCCACUGUCGUUGCAGAUGCAGAUGUAGUCAUUGUUGAUUAUGCGUGGUUGCACUUCAUGAAUCACGUUAUUAUCAAUGUGAGACAUGCAUCAUACCCUUCUGAAUGCGUCGAUGGAUACAUACAGUGGUUUAGGAGAGUUUCACAUCCCUAUAUUAUUCCUGCUCCACUUGAUGCGAGACCGGCUCUUGCGCCUACACAACGCCCCAAUGUUCCACAGGAGGCACGACCCCAUUGUAGAUCCUCUCCACCUUCACCAUCUGGCGUCGUGGCUAGAUUUAGGCGAAUGGCGAGAAUGUUAAUAUCGUUGAUAUCCUGUCGUCAUGUGAUCGAGGGUACUGUUGAACAUCAGGUGUCGGUGGACCUGCUUCAGAUUGCUAGACGAAUAUUUUCCGACUAG